GAAAAUAUAAAUCGAUAACAUGAUUUAAUUUUAGUACCCCUAGACAAUUAUUUCAAAAUUUGUAUGGAAUAGUUACUCUCUAAAUUCGAAAAUUUCAGUAACCAAUAUAAAACUAUUUCUGUAUUCCAUAUUGAUGUCGACUUUUAGUUUUAUCAAAAAUUCAUGAAUUCAUGAAAAAUGUUCAUAUUGAGGUGCCCAGGGACGGCGGCGCCAAGGUUAAAUCUGGUAUAGGGGAGUUCAAUCGCUUUUACGAAUGUCUGCAGAUUUAUGGCUACCUAGGUAUAUGAUUUAACUUGCGACCAAAAUGAUUAACUUCUUGGCCUCAUAUUAUUAAUUUCGAAUAAAUGUUUGAACUUUUCUGUAGAUGUUUAAGUAAAUAUGCACCAAGAUGUUUUUAUUGGCUAAGCAUAUUCAAAUGCAUAAGUUAUUGGACAUUGUAAAUAUUAUAUUGAAAUUGUAGAUAUUAAUUUCUGUUAUACAUAUCUCACUGUUGUUGCAGAAGGUCUUGAAUUCAAUAUUUUGAUUCUGAUACAUAUUGCGUUAUUGUUUAAAUUUUCUCAUGUUUAGUAUCUACUAAAAUAAUAUUUUCGCCGCCCGUUUGUAUAAUCAUAGCUUUUAAAAUGUUUAACUAUUGUUAAUAAAUAUUAUUUCUCAAUCACUCUCCUCUGUAUUAACGGUGUUUCACGCAGAGGACACGUGAAACUCAUUCAUUACGUGUUCGGGUACGGAUUACCUACCCGCUUUUAUCAAUUAUCACGACUAUCGCAGUCGUAUCAACAUGAUCUGAUAACAAUGUCUGGCAAUAUACGCCAAAAAUAGAGCGACGUUAUUUUGACAAUCGUAAGUAGUUAGCUACUUUACAGAAAUCCCAAAUGUGUUUGAUGAAAUUGAAAUAACGUUGUUGUCGAGAUUCCUUUCGAAUAUCGUUUAUUGGCUGCAAAAUAAUUCAGAGUUUUAUUCACUUUACGUUUAACAGGUAGUAGAUAUAUUGGACCUUUAACUAACGUACUGACCAGGUAGUAAGGGAUUAACUAGAACUAGUUCUAUUUAGUAAAGACAACUUAUACCUACGCAAAACACGACAUUAAAAUAGAAUCGUUUGAUUGAAAUUAAAUAUGUACAUUGAAGAAUGUAGCAUGGACUCUAAGAAGCGCCGAAACAAUUUUUCAAUUGAAACAUUUUGUAAAAGUUGGAAAUAUAUAAGGUGAGGUAAAUUUAAGUAGGUUUUCAUAAAGGUACAGUCAAAACAUUAACUGAAUCCCUAUUUAAUGUUAAUAUAAAUUUUAUAAAUUAUUGAUUUCAGUCCCUACUGCCUUAAAAUUUCUGACUGUACUUAAGACAACUUGUAGUUGUUACUUUGACCAAACUUCACUUAUUGUAAAAUAAUGAACAUCCUAGCAAAUAUCUUUAAGAAAACGAAUAAAAACAAUACAAACGAAAAUGAGCGUCAAUAAAAGAUAUUAUUUUACAGUGCGUGUACCUAUUAUUGAUUAUAGAAAAUAAUCGAAUGCUACUAAACGAACUUAAUACUGCAGAUAAAUAUGACUCUAUUCGAGACUCUUCAAUCUAGAUGUACCUACUUUAAAGUUUAAACAUUCCUUUAUAUUAGCUCCAUAUAUAAAUCUAUAUUAUAAUAUUACAACGUUUUAAUUGGACUUGGAUACAAAUAUUUCUCGAUAACAUUUAACUGGUUUGAUCUAGGUUUAAAGUCAGACGAGUGCAAGAGAUGGACUCAUUUACGUCUGAUAUGUAAACAAAGUAAAUAUAUUGCGCAAGACACGUUUCAACCGACAGUUGUUUACUUCUAAAUAAAAAAAAAUGAAAGUUAUCCUGAAAAUAAACCCUGUGCUUUAUCUUGUAGUUGCUGCGAAUUUUUUGUCGAAAAUCAUAUCUUUGUAUAAUCAAUUCUUCUGUCAAAAAUCUCAACUACAAAGCUUAUUACUAUGCCAAUAUAGGCCAAUAAAACAACAAAAAAAUUCAACGGUGAUACCUUAAAUAGAUUUUUUUAUUUCUCCAUUAAUAAACUAUGAAUAAUACGCAUUAGAUAACGUUACCCUUUGUGUGCUUUUUUUCAACGUAGCGCUAGCCGGUUGAUUGAAUUUCAUGUGGCCUAUCGAUUUUAUUUCAGGGCGAAAAAAUAUAUUCUUAGAAAGGAAAGUUAAGUUAGAAAAAAAGGCUACAUUCGCUGAUUAUAUUUGCCCUAUACGAGAUAUCCAACGUAUUGCAAGAUUUUUCCAUCAUUAAUUUAGGUAUAAAAGCAAUAAGACUAACAAUUCCAACAAAUUUAUUUCAUUAUAUCGAUAGACGUCGCGUCAGAGAAUACGAGUAGAGAGAUAAGGCAACCGGCUAAAACCAGCGCACGCACCGGCCGCAGGGGGCCGCGCACCGCUUCACACAUCGCACACACGCGCACACGCACGCACACCAGCGCACACGCGCACGCUGAUAACACUCACAUAGUAUACUCGUUCAAACAAGAUAUUAUGAUAAUGAGUGCAAUGUGUGUUAUGACGCGCUGUUUUGCAGUGUUUAUUCUGGUGACUUUGAUGUCUAUGCAAUUGUACUAGACAAUAGACUUAUCACAGUGUGUACAUUCCAAAACGCAAUUGGCAACAAAUGCGUAUAGUACGCAGUAGGUACAUCAUUCUCAUGAAAAUACAAGAAAUACAUAUACCUACAUAUUUACCUAAAUAAGUUUUGUGUGCAAAAGUAGAAAAUAUUGUUUUAGUCAGUUAUACAUAGUAGUUAUUGUUAUUUCUUAUUAAAUAUUGAAAUUUUGAAAACCAAGACAAACUAUUAUCGCAAAAUGUGAGUCUACACUUUCAUAACAUGAUCACGUAACAUCAUGACAAAACGGAAAAAAUCUGCCAGAAAAGGCACCUAUUGCUAAUAAAGUCGAAUCCCCAGUGAAGACUGAGGUCGCAUCGCAUAAACACGACGAUAUCAGGCACCUAUUGAACUAAGGCCUAUCGUUCCGGUAUUAACUGGACACCGGCUGAAGCGAGCGGCUGUUGAUAACGUUACCACAUUAUUUACUUUACACCACAUUCUCAAUCAGGCAUCUGCUUAGAAUGCGCGAAUUUUUAACUCAUAAAAUUUUGUCGAUUUUACAUAGUUUUUCAAAAUAGCAAUCCAAAGAGAAGUGCGUACAAUCUAUUAUCUAAUAUCGGUUUAAUAUUGUACAACAAAAGCCGCAUUCGCAGGGGACGAUCCCUUAUCAGUGAUAUCAAUAUAGGAGACGUUUUAUAAGUAGGUAACGCGCUUGCCACACUUCAUUAGACACAGCGACCACGCAGUGACCAGUUGUAAAAAAAAUCUAUUUAUCAUAACGUAUUAUAAACGUGCAACAUGUUGGUAUUUCCGCAAUGGAGACCGGAAUUAUCUGGAGAUGGCUGUAGGGUACAACGCUGGAUAUCAACAGAAAGAUUCGCACCUUACUUAGCCAGACCUGUGCCACUACCACAUUUACCAGUACAGAUUGAGGACGAUGAAUCAUCUGGAAGUUUAUCACCGGAACGGCCCACUGAUCUUGGGACAGAAAACGAGUGUGUUUGCGAGUGGAGAGGCUGUGGAGCGAGGUUUGAAAGCGUUGCGCGUUUGUCCGCGCACGUAGCACGAAUCCACGCGCACCCUCACCCUGAUGGCUUCUUCUACUGCUGCUGGGAGGGAUGCACACGAUCGCAAAGAGGCUUUAAUGCAAGAUAUAAAAUGAUAGUUCACAUGAGAAUACAUACGAAUGAGAGACCUCAUACGUGCAACCAAUGUCAGAAAAGUUUUUCACGAGCGGAAAAUCUCAAAAUACAUUUACGCUCGCAUUCCGGGGAAAAGCCAUACGUGUGUCCAUAUGAGGGUUGCGGUAAAGCAUACUCCAAUUCGAGCGAUCGCUUCAAACAUACGCGCACGCACAAAGUAGACAAGCCAUAUUGUUGCAAAGCACCUGGCUGCAACAAACGCUACACAGAUCCGUCCAGUUUAAGAAAACACGUGAAAGCAUACAAACACUUCACAAAUGACAAAGAGAAUCCCAAGCAGGAAACACAAAAUAAUAGUACUGUUAAAAGUCUAUCACCUAUGCGUGAAACCAUUUACGUACCAGAGCCCACAUCACCACACCACAGGGUAAUAAGCCCACAAAGAAUUAUAUCACCUACGUAUCCUUACGCACAAGUACCAGAAACAUUCACACCAAUCAAUUACAUGACCAUGAUGGACCCAGCCGCCUAUAUUCGCCCGGUAGAACCCGUUUACACCAGAGUUCCCUCACAAGAAAUGUCUUUUACCGAGUACUCAUCAAUGUACGACCACGCAUACAGAAGCUAUUACUCAUCAAGAAACGAGUACCCCAUUUUAAGACCAAUCGUUAAUGAAAAUUUUUUUCCCUACGAAGAAACCAGAUUAGAUGAAUCAACGGAAGAAGUGAGGUACAUAAAGAGUUCAGAUAAGUUAGAAUAUGAUUAUGAAUCUGCGCCUUUGAAUUUGAUGUGCUCAAAACGCUCAGAAUACAAACCCAUCGAUGAACUAGUCAGGCCAGAAUUACCUUUAGAUUUAAGUACCAAAAGCUGACUGUUAGGUUAUUUAUUUGCGUAAAUAAACACUUAUUUAUA